GAAGGUCUUUCUGUUGUGGGAUGGUAUAUCAAAAUGGCAAGGACGUGUGUGUGGUACUGUUGCAUUCUUUUGGUGGGUUUGGGCUUAACUGCAGAGGUUUCCGAAGCAAAGAAGAAAGAAGUGGGGGUUUAUGAACUGAGGAAAGGAGAUUUCUCUGUGAAGCUCACCAACUGGGGUGCUACUGUCCUCUCUGUCGUUCUCCCUGACAGACACGGUAAAUUAGAUGAUGUUGUGCUUGGAUUUGGAUCAAUUAAAGAGUACACGAAUGAUAGCACAUACUUUGGUGCCAUUGUUGGACGCGUUGCUAACAGAAUUGGAGGAGCUCAGUUCACUCUAGAUGGCAUUCACUAUAAAUUGGUUCCUAAUGAAGGAAAAAACAUGCUUCAUGGCGGGCACAGAGGAUUUAGUGAUGAUAUCUGGACUGUUGAAAGUUACGAAGAAGACAGCCAUAUAACAUUCACAUAUAACAGCUUCAAUGGAGAACAAGGAUUUCCUGGUGACCUUGAUGUCUCAGUGACAUAUAUGCUCAUUGAAACAAACAAGUUGGUCAUUAGAAUGAAAGCAAAUGCUCUAAACAAGGCCACCCCUGUAAACUUAGCUUCCCACACAUAUUGGAACCUUGGUGGCCACAGCAGCGGCAACAUCCUUGCGCAUACUCUGCAGCUUUUCGGGUCCAAAGUCACCCCGGUCAAUGACGAACUCAUCCCGACCGGGGCAAUUGUCCCUGUGGAAGGGACGCCUUACGAUUUUAGGACGCCUCAUCCUAUCGGGAAAAUGUUUGGUGAGCUGCCUAAUGGAUAUGACAUCAACUAUGUGCUUGACAACUAUAGUGGGAAUCACCAAAGUUUGAGGAAGGCUGCAGCGGUCCAUGAGAGCAAGUCAGGAAGAACAUUGGAGUUAUGGACUAAUGCCCAUGGGCUGCAGUUUUAUACUAGUAACAAGCUAGGAUCCUUGAAGGGUAAAGGAGGGUUUUUGUAUGCUAAUCAUGAUGGGUUCUGUUUGGAGACACAAGGGUUCCCAGACUCUGUGAAUCAUCCAAACUUCCCUUCACAGAUUGUGAAACCAGGAGAGACCUAUGAUCAUGUGAUGCUUUAUAGGUUCACAGCGACGUAGAGAAUGUGCUAGUGAGUAGUGUAGUCGGGUAGAGAACUUGCUUCAAUCUUUAGUUUAUUUUUUUAUUUUAUUUUUUUUUUAAUUCUUUUGGUUUUGGGUUUGAUGGAUUGUGGUUAAUUUGGUUGUGUCAAUAGUUAAUUAAAGAAAUGAUGAUUUUUUAGUGUUUGGAACAUUUAUUUUGCAAUUAUUUUUCUAGAUUGGGAAUGAGAUAAAGUUUUUGAUCAUUAA